AUGGAUCGCAGAAGAUUUCUUCAAUUCUGCACAAUCUUCAUUUCCGUUACAUUCUUAAUUCUCUCAUAUCGAUUGCUGGAAACCUCAUUAUGGCCCCUAAAUUUGCGUCGCAACGUCAACUGUUUCCAUAAAACGGAGUCAGCAGUGGAAUUCCAGAACUAUAUUGUGGACAGUGGCCACAUUGCAGUAAAACGCCGAAAACUUCCAAAUCUGGAGAACAUAAAUUGGCCAGAAAGGGAAUUUCUAUCUAUUCCAAUGGGUGCGAAAGGGAGUAGUCAAUUGCCCCUGCAAGCCACAUUCAGUCGUGGUCAACUGCGCACCUUGUGGAAACUCUUCAGUGCUUUCAUUACUGCGAUGGAGGAGCUCAGUUUCAGUGACAGAUGGAUGCUCUACGGCGGCACCCUGCUCGGAUCAUUUCGAUACCACGACAUUAUCCCCUGGGAUGAUGAUAUCGAUGUGCUCGUGGACUUGGAGGACGCAGACGGUUGUCACAAAAUUAGUGGCAAUAGUUGGGGCUGGCCCUUCCUGGAUGUAAGUUACUACUCCUCAAACCAGACGCAUAUAAAAGAACUUGCAUGGUCCUUUGGUCGGUUUUAUAGGUAUGCCAGAUCUGAUGUCUUCCCCCUGCUUCUCAGACCAUUUAACAAGUACUGGGUUCCAACACCAAGAAACACACUUUCUGUUCUGCUACAGACUUACGGUCCUUAUUAUCUUUGUUCCGGAUAA